GGUCCUUCACGGUCAUCAACACGAGAAAACCAGAACCACAGCUGAAAGAAGGUCAGGAUGGUCCAAAACAUCCUUAAUAAAGUGGUCGGUGCCAAGUAUAUUACUAUUCUAAGGACAUGGGUACCAAAUAUGGUUGCCUGGGGAACAGUUGGUGGAGUGGCGCUCGUUCACUUCACAGACUGGCGAUUGUUUCUGGACUAUGUGCCAUACGUUAAAGGGAAGUUCAACCAGGAUGAGUAAAGUCCCACACAACUAAAUUGGCCAGAGCUUGGGAAUGGGCACAUGGGUGGACUUCUUACACAACGCAAGCUUAAGUAGGAUGCCCUGGCUCAACAAUCGGUCGCUGAAGGCUUGUUAGGACAAAAUGCACUCUGAAUAAAUGCCGUCUUUGAUCCAGUAUUAUUUAAUGUGAAUAAAUCUUUCAUUUUGCCCCCAAUGUGUCCAGUUAUUCUGCAAAAUGUCAACUAUUGAAAUGUUUUGUUUCAAUUGCUUGGUGGUGGGACUUUGUGACUUUUUUUUUAAUGUUGUGUUCACUGCUGCAAAAAAAUAGCUUUUCCUUUGCAUGGGGCAGUUGUAAAAGCGUGGCUUUGUACAUCUGAUAUUUGCCAACUGUUCUUUACUAACUGUACUGUAAAAGUAGGGCUGAAAUAAAAAAAAAUGUUAUUGCCAACAUUGCACAUGUUAA